UAGAGAUUCAUGAAACAGCGCCAAUUUGGGACCUCUUUUUGGGCGUUAAAGCUUUGAUUUUGGAGUCCUUUUCUUUGUGGUUUUGUUUAAUUGAUGUUCUUUUCUGAUUUUUCUUCAGAUAUCUCUUCGGAAAAGGGCUUUCUUUUUGUGAUUAGGGGUUAUGAUUUCUUUAGCUAGGUUUAGUCUCUGCGAAGGGGGAAAAUUCCGUCCUUUUUGGUUUCAAGGCCUCCACUGCGACCCUAAACCCGCAAGAGCAAAAACUAGACUAGCCGUUAACUUUGAAUCCGUUCCUCUUCCUUGGGACAUGUCUCCUUUCUCAUACCCGUGCUUGUUGCACUCCAGUUCGCACCUUGUGGCGUUGGAUGAGCUCAAGUUUUAUUGUGCAUAUUGGGUUUAGUAUGUCAAAGCUUUCAAAUUCCUAAAUAAUAAAAGAAGCAACCAGUAAGGCAGUUGAACGCACUUCAUCGGAGGCUUUUUGAUAUCACACCACUAGAUAUCUACUUCUGGCUCUGUUUUACUGCUUGAAUUAGACUAGAUGUCAUUCCGUAGUAUAGUUCGUGAUGUCAGAGAUGGCUUCGGGAGUUUCAGAGAUGGCUUUGGGAGUUUAUCAAGGCGGAGUUUUGAUGUGAGGCUUUCAGGGCUAAUUGGCCAUCGGAGGGGGAAAUCCCAAUGCUCUGUGCAGGAACUACAUGAUCCAUGUCCCGUGGUCCAGCAGAGUCGCUGGGCUAGCCUCCCUCCUGAGCUUCUUCGUGAUGUGAUUAAGAGACUGGAGGCAAGUGAAAGCACAUGGCCAUCGCGCAAGCAUGUUGUUGCCUGUGCAGCUGUCUGCAGAACUUGGAGGGAGAUGUGCAAAGAGAUUGUUAGGAGUCCAGAGUUCAGCGGGAAACUCACUUUUCCAAUUGCUUUGAAACAGCCUGGAUCUCGGGAUGGAACCAUUCAAUGUUACAUUAAGAGGGAUAAAUCAAAGUUAACUUAUCGUCUCUACUUAUGUCUUAGCCCUUCUGUUCUUGUUGAGACUGGGAAGUUCCUCCUAUCAGCCAAAAGGAAUCGUCGGACAACCUGUACUGAGUACAUUAUCUCAAUGGAUGCCGCCAAUAUAUCAAGGUCAAGUUACAGCUAUAUUGGAAAGCUGAGGUCAAAUUUUCUUGGCACAAAAUUUGUAAUAUAUGACACUCAACCCCCAUACAACGGGGCAGCCUUUUGUCCACCUGGUCGAACAAGCCACAGGUUCUCCAAGAAAGUCUCUCCUAAAGUCCCUUCUGGCAGCUACAGCAUAGCUCAGGUUACCUAUGAGCUGAAUGUCCUUGGCACACGAGGGCCACGACGAAUGCAUUGCGUCAUGUACUCCAUACCUGCAUCAUCACUUGAACCUGGUCGCACAGUCCCUGGCCAACCUGAGAACCUCAUUCCCCGUUCCCUGGAGGACUCGUUCCGCAGCAUGUCCUUCUCGAAGUCCUCCAUGAUGGACCGUUCCAUGGACUUUAACAGCUCACGCUUCUCCGAUAUUACUGGAGGAACUCAAGAGGGGGAAGAGGAGAAUGAGAUCAAAGAGAGGCCGCUGGUGCUACGAAACAAGCCUCCAAGGUGGCAUGAGCAGCUGCAAUGUUGGUGCCUCAACUUCCGCGGUCGAGUGACUGUAGCUUCGGUGAAGAACUUCCAGCUGAUAUCAGCGGUGCAGCCUGCUGCAGGAGCUCCGACACCAUCGGAGCCACCAGCACCAUCCGAGCAUGAUAAAAUUAUACUUCAGUUUGGCAAGGUGGCAAAGGAUAUGUUCACCAUGGAUUACAGGUAUCCACUGUCCGCAUUCCAGGCUUUUGCCAUCUGUUUGAGCAGCUUCGACACCAAGUUGGCUUGUGAAUAGUAGAACAGGAUUGAUUGAUGAAAAAUGACUGAAUAGAUAGGAUGAAAUUUUCAAGAUGUGUUUGCUGUUUCACGUCGAUUCUUCCUGGUUGCUAGUGUGCAAGCUGUAACCUGCAACUGUGUUUUGUUUCAAGGUAUAUAUAUCCUUCGUCUAUUACAACAAA